UUUGCGCGAGAGAAUAUUCAGUUUGCAAGCAGUGCUCGUCACGAUCGUGUUGAAAUUUUUAUUUUGAGCGCAUCGCUUCAAGAAUACACGUUGCGUUCUGUGGACGAGUGCAUUUUGAAAUAUUCUUUACUUUUUUCUUUUUUAUUUCCAACAAUACACAACUGGUGUGAAAAUAAUCUUUCUCUCUCACUCUCCCCGUCUCUCUUUUUCGGCCGCGUUCGAUAUCCUUGGAUAUGCUCUGCUCGUGUUUGGUCUUGUGGACGAGGUGAUAAGGACGAUUGCGUCUUUAAACAAAGAUGGAGGACAAGAACGGUUAAGGGAGUGUAUUAUUAAGGGUUCGUAAUAAUGCCUAUGUAGUCUCGCGUCUGUAGAAGGUGCGACAUACGUACACGGUGUAUUCGUCUUCUUUCUCUCAGCUUUCUCUAAAUGCGUUCGUUUCUCUCUCUAUCGGCCCCUUUUUUCUGAGAAUAACAGAGACUUCACUGGACCGACUAUGGUUUGAAAGAUCGAAGAGAUAGUUCAUCCUCAGGCUGCCAUAUUGGAUUAUAGCGCAUCGUAGCAUCCUGGUGAAGGAGGAUCGAAACGAUUUGCGCGUCCUGAGGAAAGCUGGGGGGUGCAUACACCCAAAGCUCGAUCAUGGAUCCUGUGACGAUGGUUGCGAGUUAUAGUUAAGGUCGGAUGGUCAAUGUCUGAUGGCGCGAGCUGGAACGCAGCGCUGGAGAAAUCCUGCUCCAGAAGGUGACGAUGUACAACGAUCGAUCGAGCUACUGGACAAAGUGCUCUCAGAGUACGACGAGCACGAGGCAGAAAGCGAAGUCGGUAGUGGCGGCGGCAGUGGCGGUGGCGGUGGCGGUGGCGGCGGUGGCGGUGGCGGCGGCGGCGGCGUCGGUGGCGGCGGUAGCGGAGGUGGCAGCAGUGGAGGUGGUGCUGCUGGAGACGAAGUCGUCAGCGACGGAAGAGGUGAGGAUAUCGUCGGCGGUUUCCUCGGAGGUUGUGGCAGCAGUACGGAACCCAGUAUUGGCCUCACGCCCGACGACGAGAGUCCGUCUUUAGGACAUCAAUCGGAGGACGACGGUUACAUGAGUAUGAAUGGACGGAAAGCGAAAAUGGCAUUGGUAGCAUUACGUCCUGUUCCGGAUUGCCCGGAGCCACAAGACUCGGCGGGAUUACCAUCCCAGGAAUUCCCUCCGCCCCCUGAAGAGGCAGAACGCAUCAUUUCGACUCUUUUACCGAUAGUCUCCCCUGGAAACUCGUCAAAGAGAACGAGCCAAUCGUCGGAACGACGAAGUGGCCGACAGCAGUGGAUGAUAGCGAUGGAGGAUAGCAUGCGGCACGGAAACGCGGUUACCACACAAACGACUCUCCCCAAAACUCGGCAUCGAAGACCGUACGGAUGGGAGAAUGGUAACGUUGAGAUGGGCCGAACGAAGCGUGAACCUAGCUCAAGUCCACCGAGCAAGUUCGCGAGCCUACCAUACGACGGUAAAGUCUCUUUCAAUUGGAUCCCACCGCGGACGAAUCCAUGCACCGUCGAGAAGCAUCGCGAAGUAAGACGUCGUUCCUCGGAGGAACAUCUCGAGAGGGAUCGUCGUCGUAAAAACGUCGACAAGGAUCGUACGUCUCAUUUGCGAAAACAAAGACAGAACGAGAUCAUGAAAUCGAGCAGCGUCGAGGACAGAUUACUAAUGAAUCAUAAUCACGGUCACAAUCGUAAUCAUAGAGGAGGAGAAGGAGGUGGCAGCGGUGAUGGUAACCACGGUGGCGAUGGCAGCGGCGACGGCGGAGGAGGACAAGAGGUCGAACCGAGACGGCGAAGAAACGACUCCGACUCGAGCGAGGGUAGAUUCUCGAGAAACUCCGAGUCCGAAAGAUCCUCGAUACCUCGUUCGAGCUCGGUCAGCGUCGAGAGGUUCUCCAUGAGGGCGAACUGCGACUCCUCGGACUUUUCUAGGGCCAAUUCGACCUCGAACGAGAGAUUUCAUUCGGACUUCUCGAUAGCCGUAGCCAGUGCCAGCUCGAACGACCACGUGUCCAUACCCAGCUCCGAUCCUUUUUCCAUUAGGAACCUCGACUUCGUGUCGUUUUCAUUGCCACGAGCAGAUUCGAGCGAAAGAUUCUCAGGACGCACGUCCGACAGAUGCUCGGAAGAACGUUACUCCGACAUGUUCUCGACGAGGAAUUCGGACUUUUCCACGAGAAAUUCGACCGACUUUCGAACUCAGUCCGAGGAGGAACGCUUUUCGGACGACUCCUUGGAGGAGCUCUUACCUCCACCACCACCCAUCAGCAAGAGACACUCGAUUGCUUGGGAAGUCUCGCUUGAAGACGACCCUCUUUAUGCGCCCGGUAGCACCAAGGUCGUCGGUAGGAGACGUCGAAAGAGCAGCGACGUUUCUAGCGUCGGAUCGGCGUCGAAGCUCCGUGACUUUGACGACUGGCAAGAUCCACGGCUUUCGACGACAGACGACGACCUGGUCUCGCCAUACUCGGACUCCUCGACGAACGAUCUCGAUCAGAUUCGUCCGCAGGAUCUGACCAAAAACGGUACUUACGUGAUACGACGAGGUCGUAAAAAGGAACGAAAGGUCCUGCCGAAGACAGCGACGAAAACGAAGAGCCUGUCCUUCGAGAACGCUGACGAGAAUCGGCUGUCGGACGUGAAACGAUAUUCGAGCACGUUCGACAAUAUAAAAAGUCUCCUGAAAGAGAACAAGCUGGAGGCGAGAAAGAGACGAUCGUCGGACGACAAAUCGGACGAUCUGGUCGAGUUACCGAGCGAAUUUGCAGAAACUGUGCCACCUCCGGAUCUCAUCAGAGUCGUUUCCCUUCCGACCAUCAACAACGACGGUAACAACAACAAUGACAACAGCAACGACGACGAGGAGGAAGACGAGGACGAGAGCAACGAACGAGCGGCUCAUCUUGACAUAAUGAUCGAGGAGGAAGAAACGUCGGAAAAGUUUUUCGGCAAAGUGAAAGAACGUCCGACGGGCGAAAUUUCUCGCGAAAAGCUACCAUUGAAUCUUUCGAUGAACAAAGAUCCAACGGAUUUGGGCGUUGAUAGAGAGAGAGAAUGCAAUGGUGGUAUCCCACUUUCCGUCUCGGCGUCGAAAGCUCUAGACAUCGGUAAACCAAUCGAUUUUCUCCUUGAGGAACGAUCGAAGAAACUCACGAGUUCGAGCAACGAACGGCUGUCCUCGAAAAUACCCGUUAAUCUUUUGAUCGAAGAUCAAAUCGUGAAAAAGGCUCUUAACGAGAAUCGCAGACAAUUGGAGAAGGUCAGCGACGCCAUAAAGGAGAUCGAAAACGUUAAGAACAGCGAGUCCUAUUCCGAGGGCAAGCGAUGGAAAAAUGGCGACAUUAGAGCUUCUUCCAGGAGGAACAGUUACGAAAACGAUUCCAUCGAGCAAGCGAAUCGGAAGGCGCUAGGCAGUCCGUACGAGCCGAAAAACAGAAAACAACAGAGUUCCGAUUCGGAAACUUCCAAGACGAGCUCGGAGAGUGAUUUUGAUCGACGAAAAGCAAAUGGAACGGACAUUUACGCGUCCGGCAGGAGGCUGAGACAAAAUGGCAUUGAAAGUCACAAAAAUAAUCAGAAGCAAAUCGAGCACGUAAUCGAUGCUAUACUCGAGGACUCAAAAAAUCCUGACUUUCAGGUCAGCGUCGAAGUGCUCGAGUUUCCACCAUUGCCGCCGUCACCGGUGGAGGAAGCUGACGAGGAAAAUUCGGACGUUGGACAAAACGCCGUAAUUAGCACCAGGUCGAAAAGCCACGGUAACAGAACGAUGGAGUAUAGGCCAAGAGUGCCACCGCAUCGCGGCCAAAUCGUCGAUGCCAAAGAUCAUCAAACGUCGCUCAAUACGAGAUCGAUGGACGCCGGCUUCUCUCGCGGUAGACGUACGCCAGCCGCCGGCAAUUCAAGAAGAGAGGUGCCGGUGGAGAGAAGGACCUUACCGACGGAUUUGCCAGGACCGUCGUCGAGACGUCGUCCCUUCGCAAAGAAGCACUCGCCCUCGGCGGAUGGUUGCUCCUCGAACGUUGCAGGCUCCAACGGCGGUAUCAACGGCGGUGGCAACGAUGGUGCCAACGGCGGAGCUAACGGCGGGACCACGACAAACGCCGUCGCAUCCAGCGGAACUGGUAUGCAAACCUCCUGCUCGCUACCAGAAACCCCGGUCUUCGCCAGAGGCAGCGAUAUUCCACGAACGCCGCAACAUGCCGGGAACCAGGCGCAAACACGCCGUCAACCCGGUUGGUAUGCCCCGACGACGGCGACCACUGGGUAUCGAAGGAACAAUCCUGGUCUGGAACAGGCGAUAAUCGGAACGGAAUUGCUCCGACUGGCGGGUGGGCCGAAUCGGGGAUGGUAUCCAACGAGAAAAGUGAAUCAGCCGCGACCAGCUUCCAUCGAGCAUCUUGAACGGCUAAACAACGUUUACGACGCGCGCUUACCGAGCGGUGCCGAUCAGAGGAAACCGUUAACCCUGCCGACGAACAUCACACCCAACAAAUACUUCGGCCAAAGUAAGCACAGCUCCGCGUCCAGCACUCGCGAGGCGCUACGGAGGGUCACUAGCUUGCUCAUCAAGAAAGGGAGUGGCAGUAAAGAUGGAAAAAGUGGUAAAGACAACGCUUUACCUUCGGGUCCUUAUGCCGCCGCGGAGAGUGGCGAGGCGCCAAAGAAAAAGGGCUUUUUCAAAGGUUUUUGGAAAAGAUCACGACAUUAUUCAUUGGAGAACCAAUAGCCCAGGUGUGGCAGGGUAAUCAGUGGCCGGCAACGACAGAGACAAGGUCAUCAACAGCAGCAUCAGCAGCAGUAUUACCAGCAACGCGUUGCCACGAGGACUUUAGCUAGCAACCCCUGCUGUUGCAUCGUUCAAUAACCGCGACUCUUUCCUCCGUACGUCGUUUACACAAUACUCCCUCCAUCUAUACAUAGGUAUGUCCGCGUCUGGGUUGCGUCUGCUACGAUCAUGACCAUCGAUUAGAGAAGAAGAUAGAGAGAGAGGGGGGGGGGGGAAGAGAAUCUAAACAGGUGAUCUCGUGUUUUUCACAAUUUUUAAUAUUCCCGAUCCGCGGAUGCUUGUGAAUAUUCUUCAUUUAGAUCACGAUAUAAUCUAAAAUGUGCGCCCUUUCGCGAGUAAAUCAUUGCGGGAUGUAAAAGAAGAACGGUGAAAAUACGGAGGAGAGCUGGAACGGAUCGCCCCUGACUGUUAUUAUCUAUUAUUAUUAUUAUUAUUAUUAAAAUUAUUAUUAUUAUUAUUGGUGAGGAAAAUCAGCAGUCGUGAGUCGGAGAAUCACGCGAAUCGUGCCUUUUUUUCUUUCUUUUAUACGUCGCUUCCACGAUGCGGACCAAUAGUAACGGAGAAAUGACUGAACCAGUCACAUGAGAGGGAGGAGAAAGAGUUUAGUUCUUCAAAUGAAUAAAAAAAUAAGAUCGACUGUAGAAAUGAUUCUAUAAUUCACUCGACGGAUUUGACAUACUUUGUCGUAGAUAAAAAUCGGUUCGCGUCACCGAAAGUCGACGAGUCAUGCCAAACCAUAGAUGCGUGCUUAGAAGUAUAAAAUUUAAACGAUUCUUACAUUAGAUUAAUCCCCUAAUGCUUCAUCUCAUUUCUAAUUGUUUUUACCUUCGAAAAAAAAAAAGAUACUUUAAACUUCCUUUUCCGUACAAAUGUUCGAUUAAACGAACGUAUUAAAUUAUAAGCUAUCGAGCACGCGCCGACAAGAGUUUUUCAAUUUUUCUUUUAUCUUUCCUUUAAUAUGGUUCAAAACCCGAGCGCAUCGUAAGGAAUAAUAAACUAUUUAGUAUAUAGAGAGAGUGUAUUUGGGUAUUUAAUAUACUUAACUUAUAUUAGCCGAUAUGUGAUAGAUGAAAAAAAGGAAGUAUAAUAUGUUGCAUGGAGCAAGUGUGAGAUAUAUCGCGAAUGAGUACGAAUAUUAUUAAAGAGAGUAUAUCAUACGGUACAUUAUUAUUGAUACGGCUGUAAGUCCAUAGAGACGUUAACGCGUGUUGUAACAUUUAUAUUACCAUCGGUCAUCGUCAUCAUCGUCAUCAUCAUCGUCGUCGUCGUCGUCGUCAUCGUCAUCGUCAUCGUCAUGGUCAUCAUCAUCACUAUUCAUUGUCAUCCGUAUCAGUAUAGAGAUCUAUUAUUAUUGUAAUAAUAAUUAUUACCAUUAUUAUUAUUUUUUUAUUAUCAUUAUUAUUAUUACUAUUAUUAAUAUUAUUAUUAUUAUUACUAUUAUUGCUAUGAUCAUCGAUCACCACCAUCACCAUCACCACCAUCAUCAUCCUUACUACUAUUAUUAUUAAUGGCACAAUAUAUGAUUAUAAAUGCUCGAGAACGCAUUACACAGCCACUUAGGCGCACACAUUCACACAAACGUCAUGGUAACGAUAACGUUAAUAUUAUCGGCAUAACAUUAGUACAGAUAAAUAUAUGAAAAAUUACGGAUAAAUGUAUAUACAUGUGUGUGUGUCUGUGUGUGUGGUGCUUAUGCACGCGCGUACGCACACGCGCAUUACAUAUGCAUAUAUACAUAAAGGUAAAUGUAUAUAUGUAUAUGUAAUUAACACACAAGAAUAAAACCGAUAAAAAGAAGGAAAAGAUGGCGGCGAUAGGUAACGAUAAAAUCAGAUCAUAUAUCUAUUUAAUAUUAUUUUUAAUUUGACAUUAUUAAUGCAUUCACUUCGCACGCUGGACGAAGUCGCGAAGAGUAAUGAUAAAAAAAAAAAAAGAUAAAUAAAUAAAGAUGGGCGGCGAAAUCGAUCGAAUGCCAAAGAUCGUUCGUCAAGGGAAAACUUGCCGACUUAUGGAGGAUACCUGGAGUUGUGUAUAUAUACAUGUGUGUGUGUGUAUGUAUGUAUGUAUCUAUGUAUGUACACACACGCGCGUGCGCGCGAUAGAUAUAUAUGCAAGUGAAUAUAUUACAAAGUCUUGUAUUCGAGUAUUCGAAACUCCCUCCUCUUACAAAACAUUUCUUACAUUUCGUGUAACAAAACAAGGAAAGUAUAACAACGUCAAUGCAUGUCGGAUUUUAAAAACGAAUAUGUUGUUUUUUCGUAUUUUCAAAAAGAAAAGACUUGCUCGAUUUUGCAGAACGCAAAAAAGAAUACAGAAAAAACGGCCUACGAAAGUUUCGAGGAGAAAUCAAACCAUUUGCGUAUUAUCGAUCCAUCGAAUCGUUAUCGAAGAUCUUGGAAAAUAUGUCGAGUUACAAUCGUCUCGUUCAAAGGAAUACGUAAAUCGGUUCGAUUUUUUCUGUUCAAAAUCUUCAAAUAAUAUACAAUGACAAAAAAAAGGAGAAGAUGCGAUCCAGAUACGAGGCGUGCGACGAACUGCACCACGAACUCUGCUUCAUUGAUUCCAUUAAAGCGGUUAAAAGGGAGCCAGCGCUGAAAGCUAGGAACGAGAACAACUUCCCCUUCUACGAUUUAACCACCGUAGAUUUUUAGCAGUGUUUACGUAAUCGAUAAAACAGGGUGCACCCACGAAGAAAACUUUUUGUCCGUAGGAAGAAAAACAAUGAUCGAUAAUUCGCCGCCGUUGUCUCUUAACUUGUGCUUUUGAUUUUCUAUUGUUAAUAAAACACAAUAAAAUGCAAAA